AUGAGAGACAACAAAGUUGGGCGCUCAGUGAGAAAAGAGAAACAAAGAGAUAAGGCCAGGCGAAGAGGCGGAAAGAGACACAGAGAGAUGGAGGAGGGGGGCAGAGAGAUAAAGAUAGCUGAAAGGAGGGAGAUCCGUCAGCGUUUGUUUCCUCAGGAUGUGGUUACCACGACGACGAAAAGGCAGCGAGGCAACAUCACUACCCCGCUGGUCCUCUUUGACACCUCGGGAUAUCUGUCAUCUCAGCCUGGCCAGGAUCCUCUGGAGCAGUACGAGUGUAGAGGGGAAGAAUCCACUGCUUCGUUCCUGACAUCAAACGCCUCCUCUGUGACGAGGAAGUCGAGCACUGGGGGGGACAGAGUGUUCCUAAGCACGAGUGCCAGCAGUUUGGAUGGAGAUGCUAGUUUUGGCCACCUUGAUGGAGACGGUGCCUUAGGCAGUCAUUUUGACGACUCUUGGUAUGGCAAAAAGGAAGCUUGGGAGGAUAAGGAUAGUUGUGAAAGCACCACAGAUGGGAAAGGUGAUUGUUACAGUAACACAAAUGAUGUUUUUUACACGAUAAACUGUCCGAGUGAGGAAGGAGCGAGGCGUAGAGUCAGAGCACCCUAUAAUAAUUAUGCUCACGUAAAGAGUGAGGCUAAAAGUGACACUGUGGUUUACAACAGGGAGGGUAACGUUAGCCACUUUCCUAAACAAACUGCGUCUUGCAACAGAACUGGUACAGUCAGCUUUAAUGACAGCAGUGUAGAUUAUUGUAUGAUGGACGCAAGAACAAGUGAUAAUUAUUUAGGGAGAGACGACAAUUAUGGGCCCAACUGUGGCUCAGGUGAGGUUCAGUUUCAGCCAGCAGAGGCUGAGGGACAUUGGCUUAAUGUCUCUCCCUCAAGUCAGGGAGAGGCGAGGUGGAGAGCAUCAGCGGUCAACCACGCGCUGGCCUCAGGGGCCCUCCCGCAGAGAUCGCUUAUCGGCAUCAACAGCAGGACAUACACUCAGAAACUGGAUUCCUUCUCUGAGGCCUUUCUCUCCCAGCGAAAGAGAAGAUUUCCUGUGAUACCCGGUGGAGAUCCCUCUGGACAAAUCUGGGAAUUUGGAGUAGGGAGAGGCGAAACCCCAGGACUGGUCAAGUCAAGGCAAAGCUGUGCUUUUGACUCAGACUCCUAUCUGCCUCCCUCUUCCUCUUCUUCUUCUUCCCCUGCUCACCCCUCCUCUCUUCCAUCUUUCCCCUCUCCUCCCACAUCCUCUCACUUCAUGCCUUCUGUUCUUAGCCCUCCUCCCACACCUUUACCUCCGCCACCCCACUCGCCCUCCAAAAUGGACUCGCCCAGUGGAUACGGGGGCACCGGACAUUCAGUCUCUCAGGGAGAAUCACUUGGUAUGCUCCAGUUUUUUGCCUCCCGCAUCUCAUCCGCACCUUCUGUCCACUCCUCUGGGAUGAUAUGGAAGCUUCCACUGCUGUCGCACAGCUUUCCACAGUCAUCUGGUGACCCCGGCAACACUGAAUGCAACGUAAGAGCCUCCCAUGGUGACGACUAUGGCAACAUGACAGCCGCACGCGACAUUCUUCAGUCUCCUGAAUCAACCCUGCUUACGCCCUCUUCCCAUCGUUCAUCCCUUCACCAAUCCAGAGCUCUAUGCUCCUCCAGUGGUCCAUCCCCCAAUUCCUCUUUCCAUCUUCCCUCUCAUCCCCAUCAUCCGUCUGGGGAACAUCACGAGACAUCAGAAAAGACGUCUCCUCAUGUUCUCACCCAGAAAGUAAGGAAUGGACCCGCCAGUCUAAACCAGUCAAAUCUGCAGCAACAAGACAAGCCAGUCUACACUGGAAAGCCUUUCCCCAGCCUGCUUCGCUCCUGCAGAGGACUGAAGAGGGUUUGUUACACUCCUUAUCCGCUCCUCAAUCCUGCCCGCAGAGGAACUGGGCUCUUCUCCUCCAUUUCAGGUCUCAAUCACAGAGAGGAAGGAACAGCGUGUGGAGAAGAGGGCGAAGAGGAGUGCAGCGUGUUUCCAUUUGUCAAUGUGGGUCCAGAUUUCCAGGCUAAUCUUCCUCCAUGCUUAGCCGAUGGCAAACGGUCAGGGCUGCGGUCACCAGACGAAGAGUCCCUUAAGGAGCAGUUACUCUGGAAACCAUUGGACAAGAAAGAAGAAACUGGUGACUUACCAGGUCAAGUGGAGAAGCUGCUGUCCAUGUGCAGUUCCAGCUGCCUACCAGGAGGGGGCAGUAACUCAGAGCUGGCUCUGCACUGUCUGCACUCUUGCCAGGGAGACACAAUGGCAACACUGGAGAUGCUGUUGUUCUCACAGCCGUCACCAGCAGGAGACUACCACUACUCUGGCUGUGAUCUUUGGACAGAUACUGAAAAGACUCUCUUCAGUGACGCUCUCGGGACUUAUGGAAAAGACUUUUCACUCAUACAGAAAAUGGUGAGGACUAAGACAGUGUGUCAAUGUGUCGAGUUUUACUACCUGAGCAAAAAGCUGCAGGACAAGCAGAAGAAACAAAAGGAGGAGGACGAGCGACGAGAUGGAGAGCUGGAUCAGCAGAAAAGUUCAUGGGGCUCCUUCGGACAUCCUCCAAACCAAAGUGCCUUCUACUGCAACACAGGGGGUAAGGAGGAUGUUGGAGCUGAGACAGUGGGGGGGAAACAGACAACUAACUGGCAGUAG